AUGAGAGAGCUUACUCCUCAAUCCGAUAGUGAUCUACCACAGCUGCAUGUAGGUCCUGAUUCUCGCUUGGGGACCAAGAACGACCUCAAUAUAUAUCUUCCACCUGAAGACCUGGAAAUUGGAAAUUCUUCUACCACAAAUCUAAGGGCACUGCAGGGCAAGUCACCUUUUUCGAUCCUCAAGGUCUUCUUACAACGCUUUGCUUUUUUGUCUGCCAACAAUCGACUCGAUCAAUGGCAGUUCAAUGAGGUGUUCUCCUGGAUCGUGGAGAAAGGUGGCGCGAAUAUCCUCUUAUUUCUGUGUUGGCUUAAGUCACCGUUAAUGAAGGUGUUCGCAAGAAAGGUCUUCUGCAGUGCUGUCAUGUUUGGAGAUAUAUCGCUUGGUCGCAAAGUGUUACAGUGCGGGGUUCGGCUGAAGACUGAUGAUCCCACUCAGCGUUCCCGUUUGACUGAUUACCUCUCCACAGCGAUCCACGGUAGGCACGAGGCUAUGGUUGAGCUACUUUGCAAGGCAGGGAUUCACCCUGAGGUCAAUAAUAGGUGGUCGUGGCGAGAUGACUGGGACUUGCAGCUUCCUAUUUUACAUACAUUGCUCGCCUUUGGCGCCGAUCCAGAAAGGUUCUUCAUAGAAGAAGGGACUGGGUUCCCAUUGAUCAAUGCAGCGCUCAAUGGUAGCCUCAAGGCUGUGCAACUGCUCCUGGAUAGAGGAGCUCGGGUCAAUCUUUACCUUGCUCGGUAUUAUGGAACUGCUUUGCAAGCUGCAGCCUCUUGA